AUGGCUGAGGAUAAGAAGAAAGUAAAAAAGAGGCACUGUAGCCGCAACCCUGUACUUGCUCGUGGUAUUGGGAAGUUUUCCCGGUCUGUUAUGUAUUAUAGGAAGGCUAUGCACAAGCGCAAGUACAAAGCAACAGAAACAAAGAUUGAAAAGAAGCUGAAGGAGAAGGCACCUGCUACUAUCACCAAGACUGUUGGUGGAGAUAAAAAUGGGGGUACUCGCUUGGUGAAACUUCGUAAGAUGCCUCGUUAUUAUCCUACAGAAGAUGUUCCCCGUAAAUUGCUAAGUCAUGGUAAGAAACCUUUCAGCCAGCAUACGAGGCAUCUCAGGCCAUCAAUCACACCUGGGACAGUCUUAAUUUUGCUCACAGGUCGCCAUCGAGGCAAGCGUGUGAUUUUCCUUAAGCAACUCUCCAGUGGUCUUCUUCUCGUUACUGGACCACUUGCCCUGAAUAGAGUUCCUCUGCGGAGAGCUCACCAGAAAUUUGUUAUUGCUACUUCCACCAAGGUUGACAUCUCUGGUGUUAAGGUGCCUAAACAUUUAACAGACUCUUACUUCAAGAAGAAGAAGCUACGCAAGCCUAAGCACCAGGAAGGAGAAAUUUUUGACACUGAAAAGGAAACAUACCAGGUUACAGAGCAACGCAAGGAAGAUCAGAAGGCAGUGGACUCCCAAGUCCUUCCCAUCGUCAAAAAGAUUCCUCAACUCCGUGGUUACAUGCGUUCUACAUUCGCACUUUCCAGUGGAGUCUUUCCUCACAAAUUGGUCUUCUGAGUGCUUUGCAGCAUAACUAAUUAAAAUAUUUAAAUGGU